UAAAGAUAAACUGGACUACAUUAUUAGUGAUAGUGCUGCUAACAUGCGGAAAGCAUUCACUGUGUGCUUCCCCAGUGAACAAGAUGAUGACGAUGAUGGAGAUCAUCUUGAUGACCCUGAGCUCUGGUGUGACUUAACCCUGGAAGAUCAGCAAACAGUAGACGUUGCCAUGGCAAAGAAACAGCGCUUGCAGUGUUUUGCGCACACUCUUCAGCUGGUGGUGGGAGACGGUUUGAAAGAAACAAAAGUGGUAUCUCCUCCUCUUUCAAAGUUAUCAAAACUCAGCUCACUGCUGCACACAAGCACAACAUUCAAAGAUGUGUUUAAUGCUGAAUUUGGGGAACAGAAAGGCAUCCUUGCUGCAGUCACCACAAGAUGCAACUCAACACCGAGGCAAGUGAAGGCAGUUCUCCAGUGCAAUCAUGUAAAGCUCUGUGCUAUUCUAGAAAAGGCUGGGCACAGGGAGUUGUCAUUCACAGCACGGGAGUGGAAUCUGUUGAAGGAGUUGGUGGACAUCUUGAAGCCAUUUGGAGAAGCAACUGAUUUGACACAGGGGGAGAAGGUCAUCACAAUCAGUGCUGUUGUUCCAUCCGUCUUGUCCAUCAACCACCACCUUGAGAAGCUGAAGCCCCAAGUCUGUUUCCUGAGCAGCCUGGUCAGAAGUCUCCAGGCAUCCUUGAACAGAAGAUUUCUUGGAAUCUUCAUCAACGUGAAAAUGGCCGGGACACAAGAUGGGGUCACUGCUCCCUUUUCAGAUCCAGUCUACCUCAAAGCAGCUGCCUUGGAUCCAGCCUUUUCUCUGUUGUGGGUGGAGCCCCAUGUCCUGGUCAAUCGUGACGUCAAGGCAGAGGUGGCACAACGAGUUAAAGAAUUGAUCCUGCAAGAUGCUGCAGAGACUGAGCAACCUGUGCCUUUUGUUGAUGAGGAAGAGCAAGAGGACCUCAGAGAAGAAGGGCUGUUUGCUGCAUACCAUAAGAGGCAGAAGAAGGAUGUUGGCACUACUCCAUCACUACAGCUAAGUCACUACCUUGAUAUAGCCGAAGGACAGAACGCCCUUUUGUUCUGGGCAUUGAACAUGAAGACUCUUCCUUCACUGUUCCGAGUGGCCAUCAGAGUCUUGGCAGUGCCUGCCUCCAGUGCUCCAGUGGAGCGAGUUUUCAGCCAUGGUGGCAUUAUACUACGUCCGCAUCGUGCACAAAUGACUGACAGACUUUUGGCCAAUUUGGUCUUUUGCAAAUGCAAUGCAGCAAAGGGCUCUGACAUAUAAAGAGCACAGCCCUGUUCAUUGUUAUGUUCAUGUAUUUAUGUUUCUCACAUGUAAACACACACACACACACACACCCAUAAACACACAGACAAUAUGAGAUGAGAUAAACGAGAUGAGAAGUAAAGGACAGGACAAACUGCUGUGGAACUACUUGAAAUGCAAUAUGGCAUGGAAAUACAAUGUUAGCACUUUUUGUUCAAAUAAUUACAGUUGCACUUGUUUUUUCAAAUGUGUUUAUUUUGUAAAGGAGUGGUUUAAAAUGAAGAAUAUUCUUACAAAAUAUGAGUUAAAUGUUAAAAAUGACUGGUUAAUAGUGCAAUGUCAGCACUAUUUUUUUCUGCAAUUUCAA